AUGAAUAAGGGGAGUAAGAACAAAAAGGCGUAUGAAAACAGGCGAAAUGAGACGAGCGAUUUAGAAAAUAUACGAAACAAGUUGGAAGAUCUGAAAAGUAAAACAGAAGUGAAGACAGACGAAAGGAUAGAAAUUGAGAAGAAAAAUGUGGACCCAUUUAGUGAUCUUAAAGUACACAUUUUAAAUGUCCUUGAUGAAACCAGAAAAUGCAUAAGGGAAAAGGAAAGCUUACAAAAUGUGCAUGGGAAUAACAUCGAGGUGAUAAAAAGGGGUAACAUUAUAUAUAACAAUAUGAAAAAUUUGGAUACGUACUUUUUAAAGUUAGAAGAAAUCCUAAGAAAGCAGGAGAAGAAAAAAUAUACCUACAGCAAGGAAGAACUAUAUGAUAAAAAUGAAACCUUCCAGUUGUUAAAAAAGCAAAUUUAUGAAUGCAAGAAGUUGAGCAAUUAUGACCACAUUAAGGAUACUUGUGUUAUGGACUUUUCCGAUUUCAAAAAUAAGCAGCAGGUGGAAAGAAAAGAAACGAGCAACAACAUUGACGAUGAAGAUGACAUGGUCAUAAUAAACAGGUGGAAAGAAAGAGAUAAAAGAUUUAACCAGGAAAUUUUGAAAAUCGGAGAAGUCAUAGAUCGAAUAGGAGCCAAUGCCGUUUUUAUAACGAACAAGGCGGACGAACAAAACGAAAUAAUCCUAGAUUUACAGGACCACACUGAUAAGACGCAAAAUAAUGUGAAAGAAGUUAAUGUGGAAAUUAAGAAAGUCAUGAAAAAGCAUUCGCAGACGACCUGGUGUUGCAGAAUUUCCCUCGUCAUUAUUUUAAUUAUAUUGGUGAUGAUAACUUCGAAUGUUAUUUCGAAUAGAUUUAUUAAAACGUUGUGA